AUGGGGGGUUGCUGUUGUUCUUCCCGAAAACCGCAGCUUCAUGGAACACCAGUAUAUUAUUAUUGUCCGCCGGAUUCAGAAGAGCACGAGUCGCUGACAUCUUAUGACAGUGUUGCUACCGUUCUCACUUCUGGACUCUUAGUUGAUUUAAAUCUGGAUAUGUCAAUCCCCGACACUUAUCGACCCCCUCCUGCACCUAUCCCAUACGAUGCGGUUUUGGGGCAUCUGGAUGCCGAUUCUGGACAAUUGACUAUAAGUGGUGGUAGUUUGGAGAAGGCUAAUGGUGUUGAUCUCAAGGAACAGACGAAGAGGAUUCUUGUUCCACUUGUCUUGAAGAGUAUGAUGCAGAAAAUCCAAAAAUCAUGA